GGUGCAGGUACGGUGAUGAUAUUGAGCAGCCAAAGCACCGUGACGCUCGAAGACGUCAGGGCCGGUGCGCCCGGCUGUCUUCUCUGGCAGCAGACGUACAUCUUCCGCAACCGGUCGCUCACCGAGUUGCUGGUCAAGAGGGCAGAUUCCCAAGGCUUCGCCGCUAUUGUGGUCACCGCGGACUCCCCCGUGCCUUGAGAUGGCGUUUUGUGUCACGAGUAUCUCUCGCAACUGCCGCAUGGCCUCAGGCAGCGUUUACCGACGAGGUCCAUGGUUGCAAGCUCCAAGACACGUAUUCGAGCGACAUGGAUGUUGGGGCUUCGGCCACGUUGAACGACAUCAAAUGGAUAUGCAGGGUCUCGAAGCUGCCUGUAGUCGUCAAGGGCGUCCUUACUGCCGAAGCGGCGCUCCAAGCAUACCGCCACGGUGCCGCGGCCGUCAUCGAGUCCAACCACGGAGGCCGCCAGCUGGAUGGAACCCCAGCCACGAUUGACGUCCUCCCCGAGAUCGUCGCCGCCGUUGGUGACAAGAUGGAAGUGUACCUGGACAGCGGAGUGCGAACAGGUGCGGACGUGGUCAAGGCGCUCGCGCUCGGAGCUCGGGCGGUGUUCGUGGGACGACCUGUGCUGUGGGGACUCGCAUACGACGGCAAGCAAGGUGUCGACAGAGUGUUGCACAUAUUCAGAGAGGAACUUGAGUGCACUAUGCGACUCCUCGGUUGUUCGGACAUUAGGAACCUGUGCGAAGAAUUUCUCAUCAGCAAGAACCACUGUUCGCGACCAUUUCGAUCUACCCUAUAGGCGAUGAAGACAUGGUUGCAGGGCCUGUUCAGGGGGAUGGUGAUGUAUGAGCUGCAAAUUUGGGAGCCAUCUGAACGAACUGACCCGGAGGUGCUGCAGUGAUUGUUAGUGGAUGUUAAUAGUUGCCCUUACGAAUGCCUAUGUUAUUUUCCUGUCACAUGCUUUCAGUCUCUGGCUCUUUAUGCAUUUUUAUUGAGCAAUGUGC